UUGAGAUCCCAGUGCCUGCACAAGGGUCCUUAGGGGCCCCAAAGGGAGCUCCUGGCUAUGUCCCAGAGGGCUCAAGAAGAUGGGAGGCGGAGAGCUACAAGAACCUAGAAACUCAGGGGUGGCCAGGCUGUCUGUGGGGCACCGCUGAGGGACAGAGAGAAGAGAACACAUGAAGUUUGCUUUGGGGUUUGAGGAAGCAGCUGGAGAAAGGUGUGAAUGAGGCAGGAUGAAUUGGACAGGUUUGUACACCUUGCUCAGUGGUGUGAACCGGCAUUCUACUGCCAUUGGCCGAGUGUGGCUCUCGGUCAUCUUUAUCUUCAGAAUCAUGGUGCUGGUGGUGGCUGCUGAGAGUGUGUGGGGUGACGAGAAGUCUUCCUUCAUCUGCAACACCCUCCAGCCUGGCUGCAACAGCGUCUGCUACGACCACUUUUUCCCCAUUUCCCAUGUGCGUCUGUGGUCUCUGCAGCUCAUCUUGGUUUCCACCCCAGCUCUCCUCGUGGCCAUGCACGUGGCUCACCAGCAGCACAUAGAAAAGAAAAUGCUGCGACUUGAGGGCCACGGGGACCCCCUACACCUGGAGGAGGUGAAGAGGCACAAGGUCCACAUCUCAGGGACACUGUGGUGGACCUAUGUCAUCAGCGUGGUCUUCCGGCUGCUGUUCGAGGCCGCCUUCAUGUACGUCUUUUAUCUGCUCUACCCUGGCUACGCCAUGGUGCGGCUGGUCAAAUGUGAGGCCUACCCCUGCCCCAACACAGUGGACUGCUUCGUGUCCCGCCCCACGGAGAAAACCGUCUUCACCGUCUUCAUGCUGGCCGCCUCCGGCAUCUGCAUCAUCCUCAACGUGGCCGAGGUGGUGUACCUCAUCUUCCGGGCCUGCGCCCGCCGAGCCCAGCGCCGCUCCAAUCCGCCCUCCCGCAAGGGCUCCGGGGGCUUCGGCCACCGCCUCUCACCUGAGUACAAGCAGAACGAGAUCAACAAGCUGCUCAGCGAGCAGGACGGCUCCCUGAAAGACAUACUGCGCCGCAGCCCCGGCACUGGGGCCGGGCUGGCCGAGAAGAGUGACCGCUGCUCGGCCUGCUGAUGCCACAGACCAGGCAACCUCCCUUCCCGUCCCCGACCCUGCACGGGCCUGCCCCCUCCUUCUCCCCUGCCGGUGCACAGGCCUCGGACUGCUAGGGAUUGCUCCAUCAAAACCUUCCUUCCCUCCCAACUUCCCUUCCUUCCAGGGCCUUCUGCCUCAGGGGCUGAAGGGGUGGGGAGCUGGAGGCCACCCACGCCAGCACUCAAGGCUACUGGGGGUGUGGGCCGUGCUCGUUGCCUGCAUCCCUUCCACUUCCCUCUUCCUCUCCCUGGGACCACUGGGGACCAGAGGUAGGAUGCUCUGACAACAUCUCCAAUUAUGAAACUAAUCUUAACCCCGUGCUGUCAGAUACCCUAUUUCUGGAGUCACAUCAGUAGGGAGGGAUGUGGGCAAGUGGAGUGGAGGGAGGGUGCUGUGGACGUGUGGGUGGAGAAGGGAGGGUAGCAAACGCAAGAAAAGGAGGAACAGUGCUUGCCGGCCCAAGGAAAAGGAGGACAUGUCUGGGGUGGAGGAGGUAGGGAGGGAGAAGCAGGCAGAUAAGCUGGAGUGGGGGUUGGUCAGGGCUGCCUUUGCCUCUGGUCCCUAAGGCCUCUCUCUGCCUGAAGUGUUACACAUUAAACAGGAUUUUACAGUAAACGAA